GCCUCCUGAUUUCAACCAGGCUUUUUUAAUGCUGAAGCAAAAAAACAGACACAGCGUUUAAGCGGACGUGUACAGCCUGAAGAACUCUGCGACUCUGAAUGCUUAAUUCCUGUAAUUGGAUCAAUGGGAAUAAUGCUGAGCUACAUUGUGUAAAUUCGUCACAGAAACCUCUGCGGUGCUACAUGCCAGAUGCAGAGUGCUGCAAGGGAAUACUGUUUAAAUAACCGGAGCUGGACUUUGCUGUAGGUGCGUCUUGCACAUGUAUCUGAUCUUAACGGUUCGAUCCUGCCUACUUCUCGCUGUAGUGUGGUGUAUCGUUUCUCCGUUUAGUUUAGUUACCAUGGCAGGAAGGUAAGGCCUCUGGACGCCUUGUAAGCUCUCAGCAGGACUACACGUUUUGCACGUGUGUUCAUUUUGCUGUUCAGUGCAAGAGGAUAAACGCUGAGCCGGGUUCUGUAGAUUGUAAUUUAAAUUCGGCUGUGUGGUGACGCUGGAUGUGCUGAUUCAACCGGUGGACGAAAUCCGUGUCACACUGCGCUUCCUCUGCGGGAAACUUCCAAGUUGACAGAAAGCUGCAACCAUUCCGUGCUGCAAGAGUGACCCCAAAAUGUCUUCCAGUGGGGACCUGCAAGACGUUGGGAGCUACGGCAGCUUUUGGGAGCCAGGGAACUAUAAAAGGACGGUAAAACGUGUCGAUGACGGCUUCAAGCUGUGCAACGAGCUGAUCAGCUGCUUCCAGGAGCGUGCUAAGAUCGAAAAGGCCUAUUCCCAGCAGCUGAAUGACUGGGCAAAGAAAUGGAGGGGCGUGGUGGAGAAAGGCCCACAGUAUGGCACAUUGGAGAAAGCUUGGCAUGCGUUUAUGAACGCAGCAGACAAGCUAAGUGAGAUCCAUAUGGAGCUGAAGGAGAAACUUGUCGUGGAGGAUAGCGAGAAGAUCCGCAAUUGGCAGAAGGAUGCCUUCCACAAGCAGAUGAUUGGAGGAUUUAAGGAGACCAAAGAUGCAGAUGAGGGAUUCCGAAAGGCCCAGAAACCCUGGGUUCGCAAAUUUAAAGACGUGGAGUCGUCUAAAAAGAGCUUCAACCAAGCCUGUAAGGAGGAGCGGACAGCGGUGGCCCGUGAGACACACGCCAAAGCCGACUCCACCAAGUCCCCAGAAGAGGUUCGCAAGUUCACUGACCGAGUGGACAAAUGCACUCAGGAGACAGAGAAGGCGAAGGAGCGCUAUGAGAAAGCUCUGGACGAGUUGAACCGUUGUAACCCGCGGUACAUGGAGGACAUGGAACAGGUUUUUGAGAUCACUCAGGAUGCUGAAAAGAAGCGGUUGUGCUUCUUUAAAGAAGUGAUGCUGGAUAUUCAUCAGCAUCUGGACCUCUCGAGUAAUGGAAGGUUUAAGGCUUUGUACAAUGACCUUAACCAGACCAUUAAUGCUGCGAAUGACAUGGAGGACCUGAGAUGGUGGAGGAACACGCAUGGACCUGGCAUGAGCAUGAACUGGCCCCAGUUUGAGGAAUGGUCUCCAGAAGCUAACCGUUCUAUCAGUCGCAAGGACAAGAACGGUCACGCCGAGGAUGAGGUCACUUUGACUAACAUUGUGUCUGUCAGCAAUGAAGCUCCUCAGACCCCACAGGACACCAUCCGAGCUGCCAAAGACUACUCGUCGGACUGGUCUGAUGAAGAGAGCCCUAAGAAAUACGUAGCAACAAAUGGAGUGGAGGAGGAUGAGGAGGUAGUGGGUGUGCAAGUUAGAGCACUGUAUGAUUACACUGGCCAAGAAUCUGAUGAGCUGAGCUUUAAAGCAGGUGAUGAGUUGAUAAAGCUGGGAGAGGAGGAUGAGCAGGGCUGGUGUAAAGGGCAGCUGGACACUGGCGAGGUGGGUCUCUACCCUGCUAACUACAUCCAGGUCAUUGACUCCUGAUGACCCAACAUAACCAACCGUCUUCCUCAUGAAGGCCAUUCCAUCAUUAAACAAAACUGAACUGUGCCAGCAGCGCUUGCUAGAAGCCAGUGGCCCUGCCAACCAUCACUAUAUUUACACAGGAUCCACCAUUUGCAAAGUUCACAUCAGUUAAGCCUUGAUCCUGCUUUGUGACAGACCCACAGUUACAGUGCCUUGACUGGAAGAUCCCAGUGACCGAAACAUAGCAGAGAAGAUGAUUUAACAUUACCAUCACCACUGAUACGAUCGCUGGUAUAAUAACAGUCGUGUUGUCUAAAAGUGGUGGUAAUUAUAUUCGUCAGAUAUACUCAAGGGAUGUGUCUAAAGUUAAAAAAAUUAAUGUACUGUUCUUUACAGUUAUUUUUUCUACAGACUUGUAUAACAAAGAGCAAGUAUUUAUUUUGACCAGAUCAAGUUGCAUUUGCUUUUCUUUGUAUUUGGGUUUUAAAAUGUUCAAAAAAUUAUAUAUAAAUGUUUCUGUUUUUCUUGGAUUUUGGGCUGCAUUUACAAGGAAUUUUCAGCAUCCAUCAAAAAGUUUAUUGUUGCAUGAUGAUGGUUUCUUCCAGGAAUGAUUGUGACUGGAGAUUUUUAUCUCUAAAUUACAUAUAAACUAUCCUCUCAAAUGACAUACAUAUCUAUAGCUACUUGUUUAAAUGCAAUUGGCAAUGAUUGUGUAUUUAUUUGUCAGUUGAAGCCUAUUUGGUACAAUAGUAUUGUGGUUUAGGACAAAGCCAGACAUGAGCAUAGGCUUGUCUGUACUUGUGCACUCUAUGGGAACAGAAGACAGAGCAUAUUGUCAGUAAUAUUUAGUCAUUCAGUAAAAUGCAUAAAUGAAACAUUUUACAAUGUUUGAAUUUCCUGUCACAUAUUUUUUCUUCAGCUUGUUUUGGGUAGGUGGUAUGAAUAUGGAAUACCCAGAAGAAACCCACACAAACAUGGUGAUAACAUGUAAAACUCCUUAGAGACAAUAAUUGAUGUUGCUGUGUGCCAUAACGUUUGCUCGAAGUUGUUUUUUUAAUUCUUACUUUUAAACACAUGACUGGAGUGAUGAAAAUCAUUAGGCAUGAUUUAUUUGAUAUUCAUAUUUCAUUGCAUUUCUCUACAGUGCGACUUUUUUAGUGGUAAAUCUAAAUAGGUAACACUGUGUAAUCAAAAACUAGGUGUGUCCAAGCUGCUGCAGCUCUUUCAGAAAAGCCAUUUAAUUUAAGAUGCCUUUUAAAUACAACUCUGAGGAAUCAAAGCCAGAAUAUAUUUUUGUAUUAAAGUCCUAUUUGGUUACCAACAAUUCUUAUAAAAAUCAAAAAUAGCAAGUAAUACAAUUUACACGCAGCACUGAGAAUCAAAACUUGGCUAACGUUGCAUUAAAAUCUGAUAAAACCUUUUUUAAGUGUUUUUCAGUACUGUUUUAACUGAUGAUCAUGAAUAUUAAUUAACUAGUCAAUCAAAAUACUAAGAAAACGUCAGCAGCCAGUCUGGUGAGCAGUGUCAUAAAUCACAUACUACUGCACUAACGAUCUGUUUAGUACUUUAGUCUUGCUAGUUUCAUGACCAUUUAGUGUUACUCUUUCACCAGUCACUUCUAACAUUUGGACCAGAGUAUUACUAUCAAGUCUUCUAUUAAACAUUUAAAGAUUUGAUUAUAAUGAUUUGUGCAUCAAUAAAGAAUUCUAAGUGGAAAUAAUCAAGACACAUCUUAGAAUCGACUAGUGAGUGUGGUCUAUCGGCAUAUCAUUUACCAUUCUCACUGAAAUCAUUUACAACCUCCAUGUAAAAAGGAACAGACUUUGCUCUCAUGUUCAUCUUUAAUUUGAGCCCUGUGCUAACACUGAGACUCAGACUUGUUGUGGGUGGGAUAAUGCAUUAGACUAGUGCCACCCAACUGUACAUUUUUAGAGGAUGCUGAAAAUGUCCUUGUAAAUGCAGCUUCAGUCAAUAACAGUUAGGCUGUACAUUUGUUUUAGAUGCUGGUUAUGAGUCAAAGAAACAAGACAUGCCGCCUUAGAACUGCUCAGAACAUUGACUGCUUUAUAAUCUUUCAUUUAUGCUUCAUUUUCAUAAAUUAUAGGAUUUGUACAGUACAGAUAAAUUACUGAUCAAAUUGGGAAAAGGUUUUUUUUUUUUUUUUUUAACUGUUUUGAAUCUGACGUCUACAAUUUUUUAUGUUUGGAAUGGGGAAUUCCUGUCAUAUAGCUCUUUUAGUUAUAUCUCUAAUUGUACUAAGAGCAGAGCAGAAAAACUAAGAGCAGAGCAUGUGUUUGUGUAUAUAUAAUGUUUUCUGACUGUAUCGACAGAGUGAAUUGAAAUAAAUAUAAAUAUUCUAAUUU